GAUCCCUUCCUGUCGGUGGCGCAGGCAGGUGUCCACUACGCCAUCCAGGCCAGCGAAGCGGAUGGAAGGUGCCGGUACUGCUGGCUUCCCAAGGAGUUGUGUGCUUGCUGUGCGGUGUCGAAGGCGAUUGAGCUGCAGAAGGUGCACUUCGUGCUCUUAUGCCACCCGCUGGAAUUUCUACGGUCGAGCAGCAGCGGCAAGCUGCUGCCUUGUGUCCUGGGGGCGGACCUCUUCGUCUUCGGGGUCGGCGUUAAUGCAGACAAACUCGACCAGAUCAUCAACGACAGCCGAACGCACCUGCUGCUACCGGGCGACGGUAGCAGGACUUUUGAGGAGUGGUUGGCCAAGCCGCAGGAGGACCUCGCGCACGGGACAGUUGCCGCCGAAGACCGGCGUUGCGAGCUGAUCCUGCUGAUUCCGGAUGGUUCCUGGGAGCAGGUGCAGGCCUUGAGACGUGCCUUAGACCGGAAGAGGGCAGCACGUGGCCGCCCGCCACUUCCGUGCCUGAGGCUGCAGGAGGAGGCGGUACGCGCGUUCCACUCGCCCCUCAUCGAUGCCCUGAAGCAGGGAGCAGGACAAGGUCGCAUCUCCACCUUCGAAGCUUGCGCGCUGCUGCUCCGGGAAGCGGAGGCGCAU